GUACGUUCCUGUAUAUAAACCGUUGAGCCAAAAAAAAAAGCAACGAAGAAGAAGAAGAAGGAAAAGCAACGAAGCAUCGAACGAAUCGUCUCCAAUGAGUCUCAGAAUGAUCGAAGCGGUAUUCUCCAGCGAAACCCUUAUCGGAUUCGUCUCCGAUACGAAAUUCUUUGAAUCCGUCACCGAUGAGUAUUUCCAGAUCCUGGAUCUCGACAGAGACGGAGUCCUGUCGACUUCAGAGCUCCGGCGAGGCCUGAAUCGAAUAGUGUCGGUGGAAUCGGAGAUCGCGCCGGAGGAAGAGACCGACGACGUUUACAAGGCGAUAUUCGAGAGAUUCGGAGAAGAAAUUGACCGAGAUCGAUUUAGGGAUCUGAUUGCAGAAAUUUUGAGAGCCAUGGCUCGAGCUUUUGGGAAAUAUCCGGUAAUCAUGGUGGUGCAUUGCGAAGGAUUGAUCAUGAAAGCUGUUCGUCACGAAUCGAAACAAGACGAAUGAUCAAUGCAGAUCGAAAACCAUAGUGAUGGAUUUGAUCACGAAUGCUGUUCAUCACGAAUCGAAACAACGCGAGCGAUUUGUUUCCAAUCCCAAAUUACUAAUUUCGAUCAUUAGUGGUAAACCUCCAUUUCUUCGGGGAGCAAUUAAUCAGAAUGUUGACUCGUGGGUUUGUUUGUUUUCGAGUCCAUUUGUUUGGUGUUUCUGAUUUGGUUGUAUUAUUGCUCAAUAUAUAUAUAUGUUAGAGGACAA